UUAGCUCUCCGGCACGCCGAUGCUGACACCUCUCUGGUAGGUGAUCUGUGCUUGCAUCAUUUCCAGCGUGCGUUGAUAUUGUUACUAGUUACGCCGUCACGCUUUUUCACGAUAUUGAGACAAUUGAGACGCCCGACACUUGUGAAUCUUGCCGGUUUUCCGCGAUCCAGCGUGUAUGCUCAGUCACCCUUCCAUUCAAGCGUGAAAAGCCGAUGUCUUACUGCAAAGCCUUCGGCAAGGACCGAGUAAUUUUUAUCACUAAGGAGGAUCAAGAGAAACCUAGCACAAUAAAACUACCGGAUGAUCCAGAAGAUGAAAAACGAGGCCUCAUUCUUCCGAAUGGUGAUAUAAACUGGAACUGCCCCUGCUUGGGAGGCAUGGCUUCUGGCCCCUGUGGACCACAGUUUCGAGAAGCAUUUUCCUGCUUCCACUACAGCACAUCAGAGACCAAGGGGAGUGAAUGCUAUAACCACUUCAAGGCUAUGCAGCAGUGCAUGUCUCAGUACCCAGCGCUGUACCCUUCUGACGAUGAUGGUGACGAAGAUUAUGAAGAGGCAUCGCAUGAACCUGACCCCGGCAAGGAGGAAGUUGCCGCUCUAGGAUAUGCACUUUCUAAAACAACUGCUGUGACCGAACAGGAGCAAGCAAGCAAAAGUGUUACUAGCCAGUGAUGGGGUUAAUGCUAGUCUGUAUAAAUAAAAAGGCUUGUGGUAGAGAUGAUCUCUGUUA